AUUGCAUUGAGAAGGCAACAAGCCCAAGAGGAAGAGCUGGGGAUCAGCCACCCCAUCCCUUUGCCCAGGGCCCCAGAAAUGUACGUUAAGAAAGAGAACAAUGCCAACAGUUCCUGCCUGUUGUUGGAAAGCACUGGCCCACCACAGUCCACAACCACAGCGACUGGAUCAUCAUCUGAGGGACGGAUGCUAAUUCAAGACAUUCCUUCCCUGGCCAGCAGAGGGCAUCGAAAGAGCACAUCUGACUUAGUUGUGGACUCCACCUGCUGCAGCAGUUCAUACCAGCCAUCCCUGUAUCCUUAUUACAGCAACCUGUACAGCUAUUCUCAGUAUCAAAUGGCUGUGACCACCUCACCUAUUAAGAGCAGCCUCCGGAGCUUCCCAGCAACUUAUAUGUUGGGAAACCAAUGGCAGGUGAAAAGCCCAGAAAGUCGACAGCCUGAGUUCCUGUAUUUUCAAGAUUAUGGCUUGGUUUCACUUCCCAGCAGUUUUCCCAUCAGCAAUGAAAGUACCAAGGCUGUGCUGGAGUGUGAGUCGGCCUCUGACUCCAGCACCUUUCCAGUUCAUUUUGUUAUGGAAGAUGGCGAAUAA